CAAUCGGUCCUUACAUUUUGGUUUAGUCGAAACACAUUGACACAAAAGUAAUUGCUAAAAUGUUAAUGCAAUCUCUGUCGUAUUUCUUUCAUCAAUAAGGUUUUGCUAGGUAGAACAACCAUAUUUGUUUAGAACGAGUCCUUGAUUUGGUCUUAGGUCACAUUGGCGUACCGUGUUAACGUACUAAAAAUGUCACAUCACAGCUACUGUAUCCGAACUAUCGUGUAUUCUAGCGCUAAAGUUAUGCACUGUUUUGCACUAUACUAGUUCAUAAAAUCAAACGAAGUAUUAUAACAUCUCAUUUGUUAACUGACAUUUAUUUAUCUUCCAGACGAUGAUCAUUUAAAAUCUGAUGGAUGAAAAUUUGGCAGAAAAUUUCUCUAAUGCAGACUUCGAUGCUAGAUUAUUCGUCUCUUAUAUCAUUGGUACUAAUAAAGUUUCAAAUGUUUUGUGUACAAUAGAUAAUCGGAUAAGAGAGUUAGCUACUUUGAUUCAUCAGCAUGUAGCUGAUAAUCACGUUGAUCUGUUUAAAAGAGCUUCUGACAUCGAUAAUUUGCACAAUGUUUUGCAGACAGUCGAAGACAAAAUACGAAACUUGUCAGUUUCCUUAUCAAAAGUUAGGAAGAAAGUAGGUGAUCCAUAUGAAACAUUAUCUACAAAUGUAACUCACUUCAAAAAUCUACAUACUACUUGUGCUGUUCUUCGUAAUAUAUCUCGAAUAGCAACACUAAUGAAGCGAAUUCAAGGUAGAUCUAAAGAUUUAUGUCAAUGUGCAGUGUAUAUGAAUGAGUUAGACUUCCUUUUUAAUAAUAUGGAAUGGGAAGGAAUCCAUGUAUUGGAAUCGUAUAAUCGUACAUUAGCUCAAGUUCGAGAAAGUAUGGUGUCACAAGCAUGGAGCUUAAUCAAUUCAUCUUAUGAGUUAUCGGAUCAAACUCAACUAGCUACCGGACUACAGGUUUUCUACCAUUUAAAUAUGUUAAUGGAUGUAAUUCAUGAACUAGUAACUAAAUGGAAAUCAGAGUUUGAUUCUGUACUAUCCUCUUCCGUUGAUAUAAAUUCAUUGACUCAACGUAUGCGAACACGUCAACAAAUACAGCAAGGAGGUACUGGUCCAGGUAGAGCUUCAUUAUCAGCAGUUGGUGGUCAAGCAGCUGCAUUUCAUGUUACUGUAUGGACUAGCUUAGAUGGAACGAUUGAUAAAAUGGAACAGCUUAUUUCUCGUAGUCGUCUACUUGGAUUAACUCUAAUGAAACAACGUGAAACACAUAUUGAUGUAUGUAUGACAAGCAUAUGUCGUUUAGAUCAAUAUGUUUCUGAAUUGUAUCCUAGUUUGGCUGAAUUGCUAAUACAUGAAAUGCUUACGAAUUGGCAAAAUACUAAAAAUUCCGAAAAAUAUUCUUCAAUAUUGUUAAUUUUUGCAUCAGCCAAUUUUAAACAAACCUUAACUUGUCAAGAAAAUAAUACUGACUUACCGUCUUCUACUGAGAAUUUAAUAUCACAUAAACAAGUCAAUGAUAAUCGUACACUUAUUCGUAAUGCAUUACUAUCAAAUGAAGGAUUCCUUGGUUGGGCAUCAGAUCAAUUUGCCAAUAAACUUUCUGUUGUUUCUAAUCAAUCACCAAUAAUUAAAGAAUUACUUGAAGGCGAAUAUCCGAAAUUAUUAAAAUUAAUACUAGAUUUAGAACGUCGUGUAACGAGUACCUUUUCAAAUGAACUUUCUAAUCAUAGUAAUUAUGAUCAGUAUACAUUAUCGCCUAUUCAUCAUCAAACUAUCUCAGAACAACUACCUUCAUGUUUGAUUCGAGCGUUGCAUCCAUUUGAAACAGCUUAUUUAUCUCGUAGUGUAUCACGUUUAUUCGAUCGGGUAACUUUGGCUUUUUCAACAUCUACAACAGCUGGACCAGAUACAAAUGAAUUGAAUGAAAUCAUACAAACAGCUGUAAAUGAAUUAGCCUAUGUUACUGUUCACCAUGAUCUUUUAUUUAAAGUUACUCGUAAUUUAGAUAAAUUACUUGCUUUAUUUGCAACUAAAACUGAAGCUUUAAUCUCCACUGGUGCUAGUGCAGUACAAUUGAUCGAUUCACAAACACCUGGACAACAGAAUAAUAUACAUUUAAUUAAUCUUCUAUGCCAAUUUGGAACAAAUUUACAAUUAACUGUUAAUAAACGAUUGAACAAUCUAUGUGGGACAACAACAACAACAACAACCAACAUUCAUCAUCAUCCUUAUGAUAAAUCAUCUACAUUUUCUAAUUCAGAAUGUUCAUCGACACUUAAAACUACCACAAUGACACCACCGAUCAAAAAUCCACUACAAUUAAUUUCUGAAUCAUCAGCAAUUCAUUUGAAUAAUUUAUGCAAUUCCAUUUUAAAUCCAUUUCUGCAAACUAUUAGUAAUAAAAUAGAUGAAUUUUUAAAUUCUAUGCAUAAUGAAUAUGAUUCAUAUCAAGAUAUUUCAGUUAAUGAAUUAAGUAGUAAGUCAAAAUAUCUACAAGAUUUACAGGAUUUUACUGCAAGAGUUCGUCAACAAUAUUUCUCUGAUCUUUCACAACCUUCAAAAUUUGUUAACACAAUACCUAAUGUAUAUAUACAGUCAGGAUGUUAUGUUUGCGGUGAAUUCGCGUUGCAAGAUGCUUUAAAACCAAUUCUUACCAUGUGUAUCAACAAUUUCAUUUGGCAUUCAACACUAAUUCGUUCUUCAAAAGAAUCAAUACGUCUUAAAUUAGCUGCUGAUUGUAAAGAAUUCGAAUUAGCUUUAAUGCCAUUAUGCUGUCCAAAGUAUGGAUAUACAUUAAGUAAACUGGUCCCAGAAUCUUAUGAACAAUUACGAGAAUUUCCUUCUGUUUUAUCUAUGGAAAAUGAACAAUUAGUUCAGAUUUAUGCGAAAGAGAAUUCAGGUGAUUCCCCGUCAAAUCGUCUACUACUCCCGAGUUUAAUUUGUCAACAUUUGUUUAGCAGAGCACCGGAUGAAAUUCGUUAUCCGCAUAUUAUUGCAGGUUGGUCUGCAACUUAUUAUGUAUCUUGGUUGAUAAAGAGGCAAAAUGAUACAGAACGUUUAGUUUUUCUACGUAAUGGUCUUUCAGCAUACGUUCAUGAGGUCCAAUUAAGGCAACAACGAGAAUAUCCACCGAUUUAUUUGCAACUGAAAGAAUUUCUAGACUACCAUAUUGGAAAAGAUCAAAAAUGAAAUGUGUAUUUCCUUUUUUAUUCUACCUAUUUUUCAUUGGGAUUUGUUGUACUUAAUUUUCAUAUCAAACACUGUGAUAAGUAUUACUUUGGUGAAAUAUAUACUUGAUUUUUGUAAAA